CUACCCGCUUGCCGUAGCCACAAAGGAGCCUGGGUAGUGAAAGCGGCGGGAGCAUCAUAUUUAUCCUCAAAUUCAAUGUCCGCUAGUUAUACGAACUUUAAUUAAGAGUGUAGUAUUCUACAUUUAGGGGUAUAAAUAAGGCUUAAGUUAGGUAAAACCAGAGUUGUUGGAUAGAUAAUAUCGCUCUCUCUCUCUGUGUUAACGUCUUGUUUUGGUGCUUUUUAAAGCAUUCCCAGGUGUCUGGUUUGAACGUUUGUUUUUGGUUAGCCCGUUUUUAACGCUUCAGCAACAAUGGCGAAGGUACAGGUGUUAAAUGUGGCUGUCCUAGAUAACCCGAGUCGCUUUGGAAACCCUUUUCAGUUUGAGAUAACAUUUGAGUGUAUGGAGGACCUUCCCGAAGACCUGGAAUGGAAGAUCAUCUACGUUGGCUCAGCAGAGAGUGAAGAGUACGACCAAAUCCUCGACUCCGUGUUGGUCGGCCCGGUGCCUGCUGGGAGACAUAUGUUCGUGUUUCAGGCCGAUGCCCCAAACACUGGAUUGAUUCCUGAGAGUGAUGCUGUUGGUGUGACUGUCGUGCUGAUUACCUGCACGUACCGCGGCCAGGAGUUCAUUCGCAUCGGUUACUAUGUGAACAAUGAAUACACAGAACCGGAGCUUCGGGAAAACCCACCGAUCAAGCCAGACUACACACAGCUCCAGAGAAAUAUUUUGGCAUCAAACCCACGUGUGACCAGAUUCCAUAUAAACUGGGAAGGCUGUGCAGAGCGAAUGGAGGACUGUGAAAACGUGGAUCCCUCGUCAAACUCCAUGCUCCCUCCGUCUUGUCUCCCAGGCAAGGCCCCGCCCUUAGGGAUACUACCCGAUAACUCCAUGGACUUCUUAUAGAGACAACACCCAGCCCCAAAUGUGAUAACUCACAGCAGGAAACCUUCACUUUUGAACGCCUGUGGACAUUCUAGUGUGGAUGUACAGACAUCUUUGCCUUACAGCUGCCAUUAUUUACCUGAGAAAUGAACUCUCAUCUUGAGCCCCAGUUAAGUGUUUGUUUCCAAGGAAGAUUAGAAGCAUCUCACACCUAUGAAAGCAAUAUCGAACUAGUUUAACUCCUGGGAUGGAGAAAGGUAGCUGUGGAAUGAUGCACUGAACUGAAAGCAAGCUGAUGUGUGAUUCAACUUCCUUCCUUUUGUUGGUGCAGAACUCAUUUUUACCCAUAUAAGAGGAUUUUAACACUGAAGCGAUAGGCAAAUACACUGCAAUAUAUUGCCGUACAGGAAUUUGAUAUUCUGCCAUCAUAUUUGUGUUCAACUUUAUUUUUCACUUAAACCUUUUCCCACUUAGAUUGUUGAGUUUUGGAUGGGCUCCAUCCCUUUCUCCGUGUUUUGUUUUGUUUGCAUCUGUGUUCCAAAUUAAAAAAACAUUGUAUUAGUAAUGUGAAUGUAUGUGUGAUAGAGAUAUGUUCCUCCUUAUUACAUGUCUUAUUUUGUCUUUUUUCAAAUGAGAUCACAGAAGCAAGGAAACAGAAUACGAACCACUUUUCUGUGUCCACCUUGUUAUGAAUGCACCAAGUAAUUCCCUUUUAUUUUUUCAUAACAACAAAGUGCCAACUAUGUAACACAAAUAUCACUGUGAGUGUCCCGUUAUAUUUUCACAUUUUACUAAAAAUAGCCUGUGUUAACGUCACACCCAAUCACAGAUCGCUCGGGUAAAGGGGAGGCUAGGCUACAGACCUGGCUCUGGAAGAGA